UGAAUCAUCGCGACCUUACAUUCAAAAUCCAGCCGGAAUCGUUGACAUGCACAAAAUUCUGGUUCAGAUUUUUUCGUUUCGCGCUCACAAUGAUAUUUGCCAUCGACGAAAUAAACCAGGAUUCAACUCUGCUUCCCAAUAUUACACUCGGGUAUCGGAUUUACGAUGCAUGCACCACGCCGAGUUUAUCGCUGAAAGCAGCAUUUGAGUUUUUGAACGGACGCCCGGGUAUUUCACUGAAUAAUCCCUGUAAAAGAACACCAAUGGUUUCUGCUGUUGUUGGUGAUUCUGGAUCCUCGCAGUCUUUAGCAAUAGCGACUUUAAUCGGCAUUUUCAGGAUUCCCAUGCCCUGGAUCAAAUGGAUAAAUACAUUUCGUUUGACUUUACCCCAGGUCAGUUACCUUUCGACGUGCGAGUGUCUGAGCAACAAAAAGGAAUAUCCGUCAUUUUUCAGAACAAUCCCAAGUGAUUACUUCCAGGCCAGAGCGUUAGCCAAGCUGGUGAAACAUUUCGGAUGGACGUGGAUCGGGACGAUUAGAAGUGAUGAUGACUAUGGUAACUUCGGAAUGCAAGCUUUCAUAGAAGCUGUGCAACAAUUAGGCAUUUGUAUUGCAUUCUCAGAGACUUUCCAUGCAAUUCACUCAAGGGACAAAUUACUAAAAACUAUUGCAACAAUAAAGAAAUCAUCCACGAAAGUUGUGCUGGCCUUUCUCGCACAAUCCGACAUGGAAAUUUUAAUUAAAGAAAUAAUACGGGAAAACAUGACUGGCAUACAAUGGAUAGGAAGCGAAGCAUGGGCUGCCACCUUGGUGGUACCAGCGGAAGACAGUAAACGAUUCCUUUCUGGCACCAUUGGAAUCGCAAUCCACAAAGUCGAUAUACGAGGUUUGAAAGAAUUCUUCAUGCAAGUCCAUCCUUCUCUGUAUCCAGGAAACCUUUUAGUGAAGGAGUUUUGGGAAACGACAUUCAGCUGUAUCUUUAAAAAUAGAGGGAGCAAAACGGAUGACACUAAAAGUGACCGGUGGAUUAACGAAUGCACAGGGACAGAGGAUUUGCAGACAGUGCAUAAUUCAUUUACAGAUGUAUCACAGUACAGAAUUGAAUAUAACGUGUACAAAGCAACUUAUGCCAUUGCUCAUGCUCUUCACAAUAUGCUGUUAUGCAAAAAUGGAGCGGAACAAUUCCCCAAUAACAGUUGCAUAAAUGAUCUAAAUUUUGAACCAUGGCAGCUUCUGCAUCACAUGAAAACAUUAAGUUUCAUCACCAAGAUGGGAGAGAAAGUGAAUUUUGAUGAAAAUGGGGACCCAGUCCCCACAUAUGACAUUGUAAACUGGCAGACAAAUUCCCGUGGUGAAGUUGAAAUUGUAGAUGUUGGGCAUUACAACGGAUCCGCUCCUGAGGGUGAAGAAUUUCUGAUAAAUGAAGAGGCAAUGGUAUGGAGUGGAGGUCAAAUUGUGGUUCCCAAGGCAACUUGUUCUGAGAGUUGUACCCCUGGAAAAAGGAAGGCAACAAGAAAGGGGCAACCCGUUUGUUGUUUUGAUUGUUUACCAUGCCCUGACGGUGAAAUUAGUAACACGACUGAUGCUACAAGUUGUAUCAACUGCCCUUUGGAGUACAGAUCCAAUCAGAAGAGAGAUCGGUGCAUACCAAAAGAAAUUGAAUUCCUUUCAUUUGGAGAGACCAUGGGGAUUAUUCUGGUAGUAGUGGCAUUGUUAGGAGCCUGCAUCACGCUGGGUAUCUUUUCUACAUUCUAUAUGUACAAGGAUACUCCUGUUGUUAAAGCCAAUAAUUCUGAAUUAAGUUUUCUCCUUCUUGUAGCAUUAAUGUUAUGCUUUCUGUGUUCAAUCACAUUCAUUGGAGAACCCUCAGUCUGGUCUUGCAUUUUACGUCAUACAGCUUUUGCUGUCAUUUUUGUUCUUUGCAUAUCAUGUGUCUUGAGUAAAACGGUUGUUGUGGUGAUGGCAUUUAAUGCAAUGCAUCCCAACCAUAAUAUAAUGAAGUGGUUUGGCCCAACACAACAGCGGUUAACUGUUAUCUUGCUUACAAUGGUACAAUGCUUAAUAUGCACAGUCUGGUUGAGCACAUCACCUCCCUAUCCUCGGAAAAGCAGUGAUUACGCAAAAGACAUAAUCACUUUUGAAUGCAAUGUAGGUUCUGUAAUAAACUUUUACUGUGCUUUGGGUUACAUUGGAUUCUUAUCUUGCGUGUGUUUUGUGGUCGCUUUUCUAGCUCGACAACUUCCCAAUAAUUUUAAUGAAGCGAAACACAUCACUUUUAGCAUGCUUAUUUUUUGUGCAGUGUGGAUUACUUUCAUCCCAGCUUAUAUAAGUUCUCCUGGGAAAUAUGCUGUCGCAGUGGAGGUGUUUGCUAUUUUGGCCUCUAGUUUUGGUCUGCUUCUCUGUAUUUUUGCCCCAAAAUGUUACAUUAUCAUGUUUAAACAAGCAGAAAACACGAAGAGGCACAUUAUGGGUAAUAAGGGCUCCCAGACACUUUAGAAAUUAUUCUGAUACCUUGCAUAUUGGUUAAGCAGUAAAACUAUUAUACUCCAUAUUUAAAAAAUGUUUUCAUCCAAUUGUUAUGUUUUCAUGCAUUUCAACUGAGAAAUAUGUGGACAUAGAUGCCCCACAGUAUUUGUGUUACUGAAAAGGUUGCUUGCCAGGAUUGGUAAUAAAGG